AUGCAGACUGCUUUUACAAACACUUAUGAAAGACUGUGCAAUAAGUCCAUCCGUGAAAUGUCCUUGCUACUAAAUAUUCCACGAUCAACUGUUAGUGGUAAUAUAACAAAGUGGAAGCAACUGGGAACAACAGCAACUCAGCCACAAAGUGGUAGGCCACAUAGAAUGACAGAGCGGGGUCAGUACAUACUGAAGCGCACAGUGUGAAUAAGUUGCCAACUGUCUUCAGAGUCAAUAGCUAAAGACCUCCAAACUUCAUGUGGCCUUCAGAUUAGCACAGCAACAGUGUCUAGAGAGCUUCAUGGAAUGGUUUCCAUGGACAAUCAGCUGCAUCCAAGCCUUACAUCACCUAGUGCAAUGCAAAGCAUCAGUUGCAGUGGCGUAAAGCACGCUGCCACUGGACUCUAG